CUUGGGCGGCGUCGUGGAUACGGUCGUCGAGCCGAAGAAGGUGUUCGGGGACGCGAUGGAGCGAACGCGGACGGAGGUUGCCAAGGGCGCCGCGAUUGACGACGCCGAGUGGUCCAAAGUCGUGGACAGCGUCGACGUGGACCUGGCGCUUCUCCUGGUGUCCGUCGUGGCGGUGGUGCCGCUGUGCAAGAAGCUGAACGUGUCGCCCGUGCUGGGUUUCCUCGGCGUGGGUCUGCUGCUGAACCAGGAAGGGGUGUUCAGCGAGAACCGCGAGGUGGAUCAGUUUUGCGAGCUCGGCAUCCAGUUCCUGCUGUUCGAGAUGGGCCUGGAGCUGUCGGUGCAGCGGCUCAAGGCGCUGGGCAAGUACGCGUUCGGGCUGGGUCUGUGCCAGGUGGUGUUCGGUAACCUCCUGUUCGCGGCGGCGCUCCUCCCGCCGGGCGAGGCCUUCGGGACCAAGGUGCUCGAGAUGGUGCAGAGCGGGCGCGGCGUCGACGACCUGCUGCAGAUUAGGUCGCCGCUGGAGGCGAUCGUGGUGGGUUUUGGGCUGACGCUCUCGUCCAGCGCGUUGGGGCUGCAGCUGCUCUCGGACCGCGGGAUGAUGACCACGCGGCUCGGCACCGCAUCCCUCGGCGUUUUACUCUUCCAGGACCUCGCGGUCGUGCCGUUCAUCAUCGCGCUCCCCGUGCUCCAGAAGAUGCAGUCGGCGGGGGCGGGUGAUGGACUGGACGUGGGGCUCAUGGCCGCGUACACCGCCACGAGCUUCCUGGACCUCGGCGUGCUGAGCAUCGGCGGCUGGUUCGUCGCCAAGAAGCUCUACGAGGUCAUCACCGAGCUUGAGUGCGACGACGACGUCUUCGUCGCCCUCUCGCUGCUGGUGCUCUUCGGCUUUUCCAACGCGUCGGCGGCGGCGGGCUUCAGCGACUCGCUCGGCGCCUUCAUCGCGGGCCUGGUGCUCGCGGGCACGCCGUACGCGCACGACAUCAUCGGGAAGCUCCGCGCGUUCAAGGGCCUGUUCCUGAGCCUCUUCUUCGUCACCAUCGGCACCACGAUCGACGUGCCGCUCGCCCGGGACCUCUUCCCCAUCGUGACGCUGAUGACCGCCGGGCUCAUGGCGGGUAAGCUCGCGACGAUCACAGCACUCGGGCCGCUGACGGGCUUGACGUGGCGCGAGGCGCUCGUCGCUGGCGCGUUCCUGUCCCAGGGGGGCGAGUUUGCCUUCGUCAUCUUCGGGCAGGCCACGAGCGGAAGCGGGGGCGCGCUCUUCCCGCAGAACCUGGACGAGCUCCUCGUGGUGGUGGUCAUCGUCUCGAUGGCGCUAACGCCGCUCGCGGUGGACGCGGCGAUGGCGAUCGCGGGUCCCACGCUGGACCUGUCGCCGUGCGAUGCCUCGGAGGAUCCCAACGGUUCUUGCGACGUGGCGUGGGAGAUGGCGGAGAGUUACGGGCAGGAGCUGCCGGUAGUGGAGGGGGAGGAGAGCGUGUUGAAGUCUGAGGCCACGCCGGCCGAGUUCAAUGACUAAUAACUAACGUAGUGAAAAGUUGACC